AUGUCGGUUCUCCCUAGUGUCCAGCCAUUCCAUGAAAUAGCAUAUCCAUUGUGGUUGACAUCAGCUAUCUGUGAGAUUUGGUUCGCGUUAUCCGGGAUUUUGGAUCAGUUUCCAAAGUGGUCGCCCAUUAACCGUGAGAUUUAUCUUGACAGGCUUGCUAUAAGAUAUGAUCGUGACGGAGAACCAUCACAGUUGGCCCUUAUUGACGUUUUCGUCAGUACAGAGAACCCUCUCAAGGAGCCGCCUCUUAUCAUUGCAAAUAUUGUUUUGUCUAUACUCUCCAUUGAUUACCCUACCAACAAGGUUUUCUGCUAUGUAUCAGAUGAUGGUUCAGCUAUGCUGACUUUUGAAGCCUUAUCAGAAACAGUUUCCUGGAAACUUCAAGAAGCUAUUGCUCCAAAAUUUGAAGAAGAAUGUUGCUUCUGGAAAGCUUGCUAA